GAUUUGGAAUGCUUUAACUGAUAAUUAUGGUAACGUAAUGCCAGUUGACUGGAAAUCUUCCCACACCAGAGCUUUGCACUUGCCAACACUCAAUCUUUCAGAAAAAGGGGUAAAUGAUAACUUGAACCUUGACCUGUCAGAUGAUGAAGAGCUGAGAGAACAGCUAGAUAUGCAUUCUAUUAUCGUUUCCUGCAUCAAUGAUGAACCACUUUUCACAGCAGAACAGGUGAUUGAAGAAAUAGAGGAAAUGAUGCAGGAAUCACCUGAUCCAGAAGAUGAUGAAACGCCCACCCAAUCAGAUCGGCUCUCCAUACUUUCACAGGAAAUUCAGACACUCAAGAGAUCCAGUACAAACAACAGCUAUGAAGAGAGAGUAAAAAGAUUGUCCGUUGCUGAGUUAAAUGAACUGCUGGAAGAAAUCGAGACUGCUAUUAAGGAUUAUUCCGAGGAACUGGUACAGCAGUUGGCUCUACGAGAUGAGUUGGAGUUUGAGAAGGAAGUGAAAAACAGCUUCAUUUCUGUCCUCAUCGAAGUACAAAACAAACAGAGAGAGCACAAAGAAACGGCAAAGAAGAAAAAGAAGCUGAAAAAUGGUAGUCCUCAGAAUGGCAAACAAGAAAGAGGUCAUAUGCCUGGAACACGCUUCAGCAUGGAAGGGAUCUCAAAUGUCAUACAGAAUGGCUUCCGCUACACAUUUGGAAACUCGGGUGGAGAGAAACAGUACUUAACAACCGUCAUUCCUUAUGAGAAGAAAAAUGGACCCCCAUCUGUUGAAGAUCUUCAAACAUUAACCAAAAUCCUGCAUGCCAUGAAAGAGGAUAGCGAGAAAGUGCCAAGCUUGUUAACAGACUAUAUUUUAAAGGUUCUGUGUCCUACAUGAAGAGUGCUGCCUUUCAGAAUUAACCAUGCUCACUUCUGUGAUAAGAAGCUUUCCGUGGAUAUAACUCAUAUUAUUUUUCCAUUUUGCACUAUACCUAAACCAGUAUGCAUUUACCUCCUCUGUGUGUGUGGAUUUUCUGAUCCUACACUAAGUCUUCUGGGCAUGACAACUCAUCCAUUUUAACUUAAUAGUGCAAUGAACUGGAGCAGGAAACAAACAUUGUACAGUUUUACUCACAUUGUUCUGGCUUUUUAAAGUCUAUUUUUACAUUGUAUAACAUGUAGUAAAUCCUCCUGCACAUUUUGUUGUUGGAAGGAAAAGUAAACUUUGUAAAUAAAAUAAGCCUAGUUUUAAGGAAUCC